UCUUUCAGCCAAAACUAGAAGAAGACUUCGAAGACCUACAAGUGCACCAGAAGAAUCAUCCUCUUCGUCCGUUUCUGUCUCUAAUGCACGCAGCACCCGUGUAUCAUCUAAAAAAGCUACAGAAAGUUCUGCCGAGAAACAAACAGAUCAAGAAUCAUCACCCUCAACGGCCGUAACACGUUCUCGUUUACGUUCGAAAUCAAAAUUACGCAGUGGUGACAGUACAGGUCUCAUAGCUAGUGGUUCCAGUCUCAAGGGUAAAAAGACCAAAGCUGAUGAUGGAGGAAAGAAAAUUGUUUGCUACUAUACAAAUUGGUCACAAUAUAGACCAAAAAUUGGUAAAUUUAUGCCAGAAGAUAUACCGGCCGAUUUAUGUACACACAUUAUUUUCGCUUUUGGUUGGUUGAAAAAGGGUAAAUUGAGUUCUUAUGAAUCGAAUGAUGAAACUAAAGAUACUGUGCCCGGUUUAUACGAUCGUAUGAUGACUUUGAAGAAAGCCAAUCCUAAGUUAAAGAUUCUCCUAGCUUUGGGCGGUUGGUCUUUUGGCACCCAGAAGUUUAAAGAAAUGGCUGCCACUCGCUACACACGUCAAACUUUCAUUUACUCUGCCAUACCUUUCUUGCGUAAACGUGGUUUUGAUGGUUUCGAUUUGGAUUGGGAAUAUCCUAAAGGUUCUGAUGACAAGAAAAACUUCGUUUUGUUGCUUAAGGAAUUGAGAGAAGCUUUUGAAGCUGAGGCCCAGGAAUUGAAGAAACAACGUUUAUUGCUUUCUGCUGCCGUACCUGUUGGUCCCGACAAUGUCCGUGGUGGUUAUGAUGUACCCGCUGUAGCUAGUUAUUUGGAUUUCAUUAAUUUGAUGGCUUACGAUUUCCAUGGUAAAUGGGAACGUGAAACUGGUCACAAUGCUCCACUCUAUGCCCCUUCCACAGAUUCCGAAUGGCGCAAACAAUUGUCUGUGGAUAAUGCCGCUAAUAUGUGGGUGAAAAUGGGAGCUCCUAAGGAGAAGUUGAUUAUUGGUAUGCCUACAUAUGGUCGUUCCUUUACUUUGGCCAAUACAGCCAAACAUGGUCCCAAUGCACCUGCAACUGGCGGCGGUCGCGAGGGUAUUUACACUAAAGAAAGUGGUUUCUUGGCUUAUUAUGAAAUCUGUGAAAUGCUUUUGAAUGGUGCCGUUUAUGUAUGGGAUGAUGAAAUGAAAGUACCUUAUCUGGUAGAUGGAGAUCAAUGGGUGGGUUUCGAUGAUGAACGUGCCAUUCGUAAUAAAAUGAAUUGGAUUAAGACAAAUGGUUUUGGCGGUGCCAUGGUUUGGACUGUUGAUAUGGAUGACUUUAAGGGCGAAGUAUGUGGAGGUAAUGUUAAAUUUCCUCUCAUUGGCGCAAUGCGUGAAGAAUUGUUGGGUAUCUCCAGAGGCAAGGAAGCCAAGGAUGUUAAUUGGUCUGAAGUGGCUGCUACCUUUGAAGAUUUAGAAGAGGAGGAGGUUGAAAAACCCGAACCCAUUAAAAUUUCCGUUGAUGAAAUUCUUGCUAAGGUUCGCAAGCCCGUUAAGAAACACAAAGUCAAAUCUGGCUUGGUGGCUAAAGAUCAAAAUUCACGACCUGCUCAAGUAUUCUGUUAUUUGACCAGCUGGUCUUCAAAACGUCCUGGUGCUGGCAAAUUUGAGCCUUCUCACAUUAAUCCCAAAUUAUGUACUCAUGUCGUUUAUGCUUUUGCUACCUUGAAGGAUCACAAAUUGGCUGAAAACAGCGAUGAGGAUCCCGAUAAUUACGAACAAGUUAUAGCCUUACGUGACACUAAUCCCGAUUUGCAAAUUUUAUUAGCUAUAGGUGGCUGGGCUUUUGGUUCUACUCCCUUCAAAGAACUUACCUCCAAUGUGUUCCGUAUGAAUCAAUUUGUUUAUGAAGCCAUAGAUUUCUUACGUGAUUAUAAAUUCAAUGGUCUUGAUGUCGAUUGGGAAUAUCCUCGUGGUUCCGAUGAUCGUGCUGCUUAUGUCAAUUUAUUAAGAGAAUUACGUGUGGCUUUCGAGGGUGAGGCAAAAUCUUCAGGUCUUCCUCGUUUGCUCUUGACUGCUGCAGUACCAGCCUCAUUUGAAGCUAUAGCAGCCGGUUAUGAUGUACCAGAAAUUUCGAAAUAUUUAGAUUUCAUUAAUGUAAUGACUUACGAUUUCCAUGGACAAUGGGAGCGCACAGUGGGACACAAUUCUCCUUUGUUCCCUCUAGAAUCUACUACAGGCUAUCAAAAGAAAUUGACAGUAGAUUACAGUGCUCGCGAAUGGGUGAAACAAGGUGCUCCUAAAGAGAAGCUACUUAUUGGUAUGCCCACCUAUGGUCGUUCAUUCGAACUUAUAAACGAAACACAAUUCGAUAUUGGUGCCCCAGCAUCCGGAGGCGGUAGUCCUGGCAAAUUUACCAACGAAGCUGGUUUCCUUAGUUACUAUGAAGUCUGUUCAUUCUUGGCAGCCGAUAAUACAACAUUGGUGUGGGAUUCUGAGCAACAAGUACCAUUUGCCUAUCGUGGUAACCAAUGGGUAGGCUUUGAUGAUGAACGUUCCCUUAAAACAAAGAUGGAAUGGUUGAAAGAACAAGGUUUUGGUGGCAUUAUGGUCUGGUCCAUUGAUAUGGAUGAUUUUACGGGACGCUGUGGCAAUGGAAAAUAUCCCUUACUUAAUGCUCUUAAUGAUGAGCUUAAAGACUACAAAGUAACGCUAGAAUAUGAUGGUCCCUAUGAAUCCCGCGGUCCUAGAGGCGCUUACACAACAAAAGAUCCCCAUGAGGUAACCUGUGAAGAGGAAGAUGGUCAUAUUAGUUAUCAUAAAGAUUGGAGUGACUGUACCCACUAUUAUAUGUGUGAGGGAGAACGUAAACAUCACAUGCCAUGUCCUGCCAAUUUGGUAUUCAAUCCCCAAGAAAAUGUAUGCGAUUGGCCAGAGAAUGUUGAAGGCUGUCAUGUACCUACCGAAGCUCCAGCCUAAAAAUAGUUAUUAUGGUUUUAUAUUGUACUUUAACAUCUUAUUUUUUUAUUAACUGACAUCCUUUCACUGCCCAAUGCAAUCAGAAUUGCGAAAAAAAGGACAUGAAAUGCAUUGUUUUUUUAUUUCUGUAAAUAGUAUUUAUUUACACUAAAGAAUAUACAAACGAAAUUUCAAUAAUUUUUACUCUAUAGAUAUUCGAUAAUUGAAACAAUCUAAAACCAAUUACAAGUCCUUUUUAAAAAAAAUUUGCUUAAACAAUGCCUUCUAAUACUCAUUCACAAAAAUUAACAAAUAAUAAAAAUACUCCUAUUGGCAUCUACAAAAACACUUUGUAAACCCAAUUCCUUUUGCCCCAAAUGCACACCAGAUUUAUUUGCAUGGUUGCUCUAUAUCUACUACUAUUAACUUAGUUUUAAAAAAUUUAGUUUGUAGUUUACUGUAUAAAAACAAAAACAAAAAAAGAUACAUACAACAUUAUUGUUUAAUAGUUUAAUAACACUUUGUUCAAUUUGUUAAAAUAAUUAUUUUAUAUAUUUUUUUACUUAUACAUAUUAUUAUUUUUUUUAUUAUUUUUUUAUCAUUUUGUCGUAUGUACCCUUUUUUAUUACUUGCCUAUUUCCCAAAAAAAAAACAACAACAACAACAAAUACUCAACAACACAAUCAAAGAAAAUUUAAACUAAACAAAAGAUCACAAAAUAAUUUUAAUAAAAAAUAAAACAAUUUAUCUAAAUGUGAAAAACACACUCUAUUGUACAUAAAACUGUGAUAAUUCUUAACUACAUGUUUCUAAAAGAUGUUUGAUUUUCUGCCUUUUAUUUUAUUUUUGUUUAAAUGAAUGAAAUUGUUUCUUAAAAGUGUUCAGUUUGUUUGUUUUUCUUUUUUUUACUUUGACUUUUUUGUUACAAAGAAAAUUUUUGUUUUAAAUCAUUUCAUAAAAUAUAAAACAAAAUCUGUAUUAUAGUCUUAUGUUGAAGGAAAUAAAUAAAUAUAAAAAAUAAAAAAACUUAAAUACAUACAUUAAUAUUUUAUACAUAAAAAUAUGUAGUUAAUAUGUGUUAUUAUGUACCCCUAAAAUUUAAAAAUUGAAUAAAGAAAUUAUUUAAAUUGUAA